AUGCAGCAACUUUGGAGGCUGUCUACUGUUCUCUUUGUCAUAUUAAAUCUACUGUCAACUAUUGACUCAGCAGUCGUCGCCUCUGAGGCACGCUGCUUUCCGCCCGAUUUCUUGUUUGGCACAGCAACAGCCGCGGUUUCGGUGAAAAGCUCCUUGAACAUUUCCAAUCACAAAUGGUGCAGUUUGGACAACUACCGACCUCGUUCUGAUAGAGAAAGUGAUGAUGACCUUAAUCGUCGCUAUAUUGACGACAUACAGCGCACGAGCGAUAUGGGAUUCUCGUCUUUUCGAUUCUCGAUUUCUUGGUCCCGAAUUAUGAGCUGGAAUAUCGAGCAGAGAAGGAUGAUGCCAAAUUUUCAAGGCGUGGCGCUCUACCAUAGUAUUUUGGACGAGGUAUUGGCAAAAGGAUUGCAAGCUAUCGUCACGCUGUGCCACUUUGAUCUACCAUCGGAGCUGCAAACAGAGCAUGACCCUAGUGGAUGGCUCAAUUCAGAUAUUGUGAUGCACUUCGCGGACUUUGCAUCGCUAGCUUUUAAUCAAUAUGGACACAAAGUGAAGUAUUGGGCGACAUUUAAUGAGCCAUUGACGUUUAUCACUGGCGUCUGUUACAGCGUUUAUGGUGAAAGUAAAGGUUUCGAUACUGCUAUGUAUGCAGCAACACACAACGUACUGCGUUCGCAUGCUACAGCAGUGGCAAUCUUUCGUAAGCUAUGUCAAGAAAACGAAAGUGUGGUGAAGCUUGGUGCUCGCAUCGGUAUUGUACUCAAUGCUGCGUACGGCUAUCCUGUCGACAAGUCAAACGCUAUGGAUGUGGCAGCUGCAGAGCGCAAGAUGCAAUUUGAUCUCGGUUGGUUUUUGAUGCCUCUUGUAACUGGAGACUACCCCAAAGUCAUGCGUGAGCGGGUGAAAGAGCGACUACCAAGCUUCACUCUCGAGGAGGCUGCGAUGGUCAAAGGAUCAUACGAUGUACUGAUGCUCAAUUCUUAUAAAUCGCGUAUGGUCACCGACUGUGACUCAGAACGCUCUAGUGUUACUUGUGAUGACUUGCUGCAAGGUUACGCUCGUGAUAGAGGAAUUGAUGAUACACAAUUUUCGCACGGGACACGCGUUGCUCCUCCGAACACUACUAAGUGGUCAUGGCUUUUAGAGUACUCAGAUGACUUGUUGGCCACUGCUAAGUGGCUGCAUGCACUUACCCCAAAAACACAGAUACUGCUGACAGAAAACAGUUUGUCUAGCGAUGAUGAAGGAAAUGAUGAAACACAGCUUCAGCAUCACGUAGAAUAUGCUGAGCAAGUUUACGCUGCUGUUGUGAACGAGAAAUUUCCAAUUAUUGGCUUCACGCCAUCGUCGCUCUUGAACGAAAAUCAGACGCCUCGGUCUGAAUUACCCUAUGAUAAUAAUUCUAUGAUCCCUUCUUUCGAUCUAAUCCGUACCUCAGCAAAUUGGUUUGCCCGGCUUUCAACGACUAAGUGCUUUGAUGAGGAGACCUCCGCACUUUCAGUGACUAUAAAUAAUAUGCAUGAAACGAUUGCGAAACAAAAGGAUCUGCAUGAAUCAGAAGCAGAUAUCGAUGACACGGCAGUAGUGCCAUGGUCUUUAAGUGAGGUUAUCCUUCUUGUGGUAGUUGGUCUAGUUGUCCUCGGUGCAAUUACAUGCGAAGCGAUUCGGGAGCUGCAUUUCACAUCUCACGGUUCACCCGAAGAAAUACAAGUGCUGAUAACGAUCGAAGAAUAA